AUGGCAUGGGUUUUUGUUUCUGAUCAAGAGUUUGAUGUAUUUAAAAUUAGCAAGGAUAUUUAUCAAGCAGUAACAGGGAAAAAAGAAGAUUUUGCUAAUCUUGAUCAGCUUCAUGUGGCCAUCAAAGAUAAACUUAUGAAUAAGAGGUUCCUACUUGUUCUAGAUGAUGUCUGGAACGAAGACCACAGUAAGUUGGAACGCCUACAAAGCCCUCUUCUUGCAGGGGCACCUGGAAGUAGAGUUCUUGUUACAAUGCGGAAUACAAGGGUUGCCUCAGUGAUGGACUCAAAAGAAAUUUACCCUCUCGAAAUUUUGUCAGAUGAAGAUGCACUGUCAUUAUUUGCUCAGCAUGCUGUAGGUGAAAAAAACUUUGACAAGAAUCCAACACUUAAGUUGCAUGGUGAAGGUAUUGUUAAAAAAUGUGGUAGACUGCCUUUGGCUUUGAAAACACUUGGGAGGGCCUUCAAGGGAAACACUACUAGAAAAUUGGUGCAAUAG